AUCCACCUCCUCUCCCCUUACUCUGGACAGUGUCAGCUCUACCUGUUCCAGCUGGGGGGAGUAGGAGCAGGAUCUAAGAUAGACUGGGGGAAGAGGCUGAACAAUCAGGCUAGACUUGAGUAAAGGUUCCUGUCGGGGACCCAAUGCCUGCUCAUUUGAUGCAUCAUUUCCCAGGGUUGUGGGCUUGCCUCCUUUUUCUCUUUACAACUUGGGACUGGUCAGACAGAAGAAACCAUGAAGCCUGGGGAGUGACAGUGCCCAGACAGAGCCUGUAACUCUCCUGGUUCAGAGAUGCUCCUGCUGCUGCUGCUGCUGCUGCUAUCCUUGGGGGGGUCCCAAUCCCAAAAAGAAGGAUAUGCAUUGGUGGUGUCACCGCCAGAGAUGGUUCAGGAAGGGCUCUGCGUCUAUAUCCCUUGCGCCUUCUUCUACCCUGGUUCCUGGGUCUCUUCUGCCACCAUUAAUGGCUACUGGUACAGGAGAAGACCCAUGGUUGAUGAAAGUGUUCUUGUGGCCACAAAUGACCAAAGCAGGAAGGUGGAUGAGGAGGCCAUAGGAAGAUUCCACCUAGUGGGGGACCUUAUGAAGAAAAAAUGCUCCCUGAGCAUCAUGGACAUCCAGAAAAAGGACAGCGGAGAAUACUUCUUCCGUAUGGAGAGAGGAUGGACAGAAAAAUUCAGCUACUUAAAUUAUCAGGUCAAUCUGGAUGUGAGAGCUCUGACACAGAAGCCAGACAUCUUUAUUCCAGGAAUCCUGGAGCCUGGGCGCUCUGUGACACUGAUGUGUGCAGCCCCCUGGGUCUGUGGGGAGGGAACACCCCCCACCUUCUCCUGGUCAGGGGCUGCUCUCUCCAACCUGGAACCUAGCCAAGGGACUCGCUAUUUCUCUGAAAUGACCUUCACUCCGAAACCCCAGGACCACGGCACCAGCCUCACCUGUCGGAUGACCUUCCCUGGGGCUGGAGUGAGCACGGAGACAACCAUCCAGCUCAAUGUGGCUUAUCCUUUGAGGAACUUUGGAAUCAGCGUUGAUGGGGACAACAGAACAGGCUUGGAGUCCUCAUCAAACCUUUCUGUCCUGAAGGAUGAGUCCUUGAGAUUGCUUUGCCAAGCAGACAGCAACCCUCCCGCCAUUCUGAGCUGGGCCCACAGGGGCCGGGUGGUGCUUUCCUCCUGGCCCUCAGAUCCUGGGAUCCUGGUCCUACCGCUGCCCCGGCUCGGGGUAAAGGAUGGAGGGGAAUAUAGCUGCCAAGCUCAGCACCGGCUGGAGACCAAGCGAGCCUCCAUGAACCUUUCUGUGCUAUAUGCCCCAGAAAACCUGAAGGUCAGCGCUUUGGGGCCAAACAGAACAGCUGCUAUCCUGGGAAAUGUCUUGUCUCUGGUGGUCCUGGUGGGAGAAUCCUUGCAACUGGAGUGUGUUGCUGAUAGCAGUCCCCCUGCCUACAUGAACUGGGUCAAGGGGAGCCAGCCUUUGAAUGCCUCCUUUCUCUCCAGUCCUGGGAUCCUGGGUCUAGAACUGUCCCACGUCCAGCCAGAGGAUGGAGGGGAGUACACCUGCCAAGCUCAGAACCCAUGGGGCACCAGGCACAUCUCCCUCAACCUCUCUGUGCAAGAUAGAACAAAUGCAGCUGCUGUUGAAUUCUCCAAAGGGGCACUUUUGGGGGCUGGAAUCAUGGCCCUUCUCAUUUUCUGCCUCGUGUUCGCCUAUAAGAAGUUUCCGAGGAAGGAGCAGCUAGAGACAGGGGAGCUAGGGACCACAGACUCCCAGAGCAGUAUGGAAGUGGACUAUGUUAAUCUGGAGAUGAAUCAGGGUGGAGUCCCCAGACCGCCUCCACCUGAACCAGUCACCCAAGCCCCGCCAAAUGAGCUACAUUAUGCAUCCCUUAACUUCAGAAGACCCAACCCAAAGAGCCAAGGGAUAGACACCGAGUACUCGGAGAUCAAGUUCUGAUCUGGGGCAAAUGGGAUGGGAGGAGAAAUAAAGAGAAUGCACUCUCUGCUGGAAAGGUGCUCAUUCUGUCCAGAGA